GACCUAGAGGUGAUUCAGUCUGUCACGCACCAUCACCACCAUCACCACCAUCAUGAAGGUGAGUGCUGUGAUCUUCCUUCUGGGACUCGUGGCUACUGUGACUACUGCUGCGGGGCUACCUGAUGCUGACGCUGGCCCUGAGGCAGUCCCUGAGCCAAUCCCUGAUGCUCUACCUGACGCAUUCCCUGACCCUGUCUCUGGCCCUGUCCCUGUGGCAUUCCCUGAGGCACUCCCUGAAGCCCUCCCAGACCCAUUCCCUGUGGCACUUCCCGAGGCACUCCCUGAUCCUGUUCCUGAACCUGUCCUUGACCCUGAUGCAUCCACCAUAAGCCUCUCGGACCCUGAAGGACGCCUGGACCCCGAGCAGCUUGAUGGGGACGGCAAGUCAAGCCUCACCAGCAGCACCUUCUUCGGGUACGAGCCCACCGCCACCACCACCGAGUCGCCGCCAGUCACCAUCUCCACCUUCGCCCGCGCCCACCGCAACCCACGCCCCACCCCAACCAGGUCACGGAUACUGCGCAGGCCAAUCGGCAGGGUGAGGAGCAGGGCGAUCCCAAAGGUGGACAUCAAAAGCAUCCCUGUGACCUUCAACAAGCGGGUGUCACUCAGGGACUCCAUCGGGACCACUGAAGCUGAGACCACUGCCAGCCCAGAGAAGUCAGACCAGGACCCCGAGAAGCCAGUGAUAUCCCCAAGCCAGUCGGUGUUCAAGCCACGCCCCAUUGCCCGCACCGCCUCCCCUACAGGCAAGACCAACAAGCUGCGCCUGGUGAAGCUCAAGCCGGUGCUGGCCACGAGGCAGAGUCUUAGCGGCCCGCAUUCUGACAUCCUCGGGCCUGCCUUCCUCUCCCAGCCGUCAGUCAGGGCUCACAGAUUCGCACCCUCGCAGCUGAAUCUCUCCCCAGUGCCGGAGCUCCACCCUCGCAGCCACACCUUCCCGUCCCCUUCCCUGCACUUCCCCACCGAGCCACACUCAGACUUCACAUCCCCAAGCCUACACUUCCCCGGCGAGCCACACCACCCUUCAGGUCUCCCUCCAAACAGCCAUCCCUUCCAGCCCCUCUCUCUGAACCUGCCCAGCGAGCCACACCAUUCAGAUUUAAGCGCCCCACGCCACAUCUUCCGCCAGCCCUUCACGCCUGCCCCGCUACACCCAGGACCAGUUAGCCACACGAACCACAGAUUUGCAGUGCCCUCUGAGCCACACCUCGCCUCACCAGCUCCCCACCAGGCCCUCCAAGACCCUCAUGAGAACAGUGUCUUCGUAUCAGCCCCGCCAGACCAGUUUUCAUUCCUUGGCCAGCCCGUUCCUCACAGUCACAACGUCCCUUCACUUCCUUCUGCUCCACUUCCUUCUCCCGCCACAAAGCCCCGGCCCAAGUCCCUCCACCAGAGGCGCCGCAAACCCACGCCUAGCUCCCAGAUCAGAAGGCAGCACCUGGACGCCUAUAUCCUGCCAGAUGCACACUACAAACCCAAGCCCAGGAAGGUAAUCCAGAAGACCACGGCGUCCCCAGCCUUUCCCCUGCACCAGCCCUCCAUCACGCAAAUCUUCCCUGACGAACCACCACUCAAGACACCCAUCACGCCCAUUGCAGGACCACACGCUGACCACACAGGCCACGCACAGGACCCACACCACGCCCACGAGCGUUACGACGUGGGGUGGGCGGUGCAGGACUCACACUACGGCACGCACUUCAACCAGCAGGAGUCUAGGAGUGACGGAAAGACCAAGGGAUCCUACUCAGUCCUACUCCCUGACGGACGCCUUCAGACAGUCAGCUACUAUGUGGAUGGGAACUCAGGAUACGUGGCUAAGGUAUCCUACUCCACUCCUGACGUGAGAUCCUAUGGAGUUGGGAAGGACACCCACGCCCAGUCGUCCUACGCGAAGGAUACUUACUCCUCCUACACGCAUAUUUAAAUGUGAUGUAUAUGAGAUGGUAAUAUGAUAAAUGAAAAGGCUUAUUGAUUAUAUUAGAUCCGCUGUAAUGAUUCGAGGGCGUUGCGGUGGUGGUGUGUUAGUAUGUGUGUGUGUUCAUGUGUGUAGGUGUAUUUAAUGUGUUUCUGUUUGUGGUGGUGUUGGUUGGUGGCUGGAAGUAAAGGUGAAGAGGAAUGUGUGUGUUAUGCUGUGAUUCUUUGCAAGGUGGGGUAAUUAACAGGGAGGUACAGGUGAGGCCAGGUGAUGCUAGGUAAGGUGCACUGUGGCAAUGUUCUAUAAGGUCAGGUUAAGGGAUGUGGGAUAAAAGUAUAGUGUAAGGUAACGUAAGGUAAGGUAAGGUAAGACAAAAUAAGGUCAGAUAAGGUACGUAAUUAAUAUAUAGGUAAUUUGAGGUCAGGAUUCUCUAUAUAUAUUCCUGUUUUUUUUUUUUUCCGAGAGAUAACACUCUUACUCUUUCUAAACGGGAUUCAAGAGGCAUAAAUUUCUGCAUUUUUU